CCUUUCAGUGUUGACGUUCCCAGCGCCAGCUGUCAGGAGCUAGCAGGACUGCUAUCUUCCCGGGUUAAUUUGAGAUUUUAAAAUAUAUAUUUUGACAUUUUUUCACUCCUAUUUAAUAGAUCAUCAAAAAAGUUAACGAUGAUUGAAUGAAAACACGUGCAAAUAUUUGUUUCGGGGUUUCUAGUUGUUUCUCUAGUCGCGCUGUCCUCCGAGUCGAGCUAGCUGUAGCCCGCUAGCUUGUUGUUAGCUGCGGGCAAAUCUGGUACAGACGGGUUCUGCUCUGCAGACUGCUCCUCUUCUUUGGAAGUCAUUGUUGUAUUGUAUGUAACGAUCAUGCAAUUUUUAAGUAAUUCGCUGCGAAUAUUUAUUGCUUUAAAUUUCGACGAAUUAAUAGUAUAAGUGAGUAACUUUGGUCAUUAAAAUAAAAGUCAUCUGAAUGAAUUUGACAUCAGUUGACUUAAUCUGCUGUAUCAUAAUCAGUCUGUUUAUUUAAGUUCAGCUUUUUGGUAGUAUUCAUUGUUAAAGAGUCUAGCGUUUGUUUAAGUCAACAAACAUGGAUAAGAAAUCAUUUGACAUUGUAUUGGAUGAGAUAAGAAAGUGCGUCUUGACCGAUCAGCGCAUCAGAGCCAUUGAGCAGGUGCAUGGCUAUUUCUCCAGUAAGCAGGUGAUGGAAAUAUUAAAGUAUUUCUCAUGGGCUGAACCACAGAUCAAAGCUGUUAAAGCUCUGCAGCAUAAAAUGGUUGCAAUCCCCACAACAGAAGUCGCAAAUAUCUUGAAUUGUUUCACGUUCUCAAAAGACAGACUGAUUGUCUUGGAACUGAUAGCUUUAAACAUUUCAGAUGCUCAGAAUUAUCGGCCAGUGGAGGAUCUCUUUCGUAUACACUUGUCUGAGAAGAAGCGUGCCCGCAGGAUCCUGGAACAGGUCUGUAAGGUUGGCUGCAAGGCUCCCAUAGCAAUGAUCUCCUCCUGUGGAAUAAUACCAGGAAAUCCAUAUCCUAAAGGCAAACCCAGCUUGGUCACUGGGUCAUUUCCUGGAAACCCACCGGUAAAAAAGGAAGGCGAGAAGAAAGAAGACACCACUAACAAUAUGGAGGGGAAAGGAAUUGCUUCCCGAAUUAUAGGACCAUUCAAACCUUUCCCCUCAACCUACAAUCCUCAUCGACCUGUUCCUUACCCAAUACCACCUUGCCGACCCCACGCCACCAUUGCACCAAGUGCAUACAACAACGCAGGCCUUGUUUCUGUGGGAGGGGUUAUAACAGCCAACGUACCCCCACCCCCCUACAACUCCACCCACAAAGUAGCAGGUUACAAUAAGCCAGGCAAUCCACAGAACACCACACCUGGAAUUAACAGCGGGCCCCUCCUCAUUCCUCAUGGGUCCACACCAGUCCCAAACCAGGCCUCUCCUGCGCCUCCCACAACCCCCAUCACGCCAGUUUUCCCAGGAAUGGUGCCCUCUCACAACCUCAACGCCCCCUCUCCCUCACCUGCUCCAUCCCCAUCUGUAAUCAAAGCAGGACCACAGACCCCCACUGGUCAUGCUACACCUACACCCUCAUCUGUCAUUAAAGCUCACACCCCAUCAGGCACACCUUGUGGAACUCCUGUCCCUGGCAGUGGGGGCUUCUCCCCUUCCCCUUUCCACGCAAUUUCCCGACCAGGCACCCCUGCUACUUCACGCAGUGCCCCAGACUCCCUGUCUCAGACAAACUCCACUCAGCAGAAGGUUUAUUCUCAGUCCACAGAACACCAGUCAGGAUCACCCUUCCCUGGCAUACACCCACAAGCAGGUAACUCUUCUGGGUCAGUGAUCCGAAGUUACACCCCGUCUGGACCACAGUCUCUUCCCCCUGGACGCUCCACUCCAGUAAUUCCGAGCUGUUCCACCCCAGGUCCCAGUCCUAAACCUUCCCCUGGCCAUUCUGCACAGGCUCAGGCAGUUGUGGCUGGAGCCCUGAACAGACACAGUGCGGGUAGUAGCAGUGGCAGUAAUAGCCCUGUACCCUCUGCUUUCAAGGGUACCUCUCGCUCUGGCACACCAAGCUCUGCACAGGCUGCUCUAGCACGUCCCUACGGCCUCUCACACCCUUCAGGUUCUCCUCAAGUCUCUCUCCCUAGUCCCGUUGGUCUCACUGGCCUCCAAGCGCUGUCUUCCAGCAAUGCACCCUCUCAUUACCCGGGCCUGUCACCUUUUCCCUCCCUUUCUUCAUCGCUGCCUCCUUCAACUGUCCCCUCAUCCAUGCCAACAAUAUCCCCAACUACCAAGAUUUCUAACCACCCACCAACAACUAUCUAUUCGGGCUUGGCUCCAAAUGCUCCUCCAAGUGGAGCCUCUCCUUUUGGUCUAGGCCUCACCUCUGCUCCCUCUAUAUUCCCAGGCCUUCCUCCUGGGGCUAGCCCAACUGCCUUCCCUGGACUUGGUGUGUCAGGGGGACAUGGUGCUGGGAGCCCUGUUUUAACUUCAUUUAUUGGACUACCAGGGGCCACUCCAUCUACAGUGGCAUCAGUGGCACCACUGCAGGCGGCAGCAGCAGCAGUCGGAGUUCCAUCAUCUUCACCAGUUUUACCAGGCUUUGCAUCUGCCUUCAGCUCCAAUUUCCAGCCUGGGUUGAGCGGUGGACUCCAGCCUCCAGGCAGUAGCGGGUUUCCUGGCUUACUGUCGUUCCAGGUGCCAGGCUUCUCUCCCUCUGCCUCCCCCGCUGCACUCAGUGGCCUCCACAACCCAGCUGUGCAGUCUGCCCUGCUGCAGCCUCAUCCCCCUUCUGCUUUGGAGAACUUCACUACUCAACCUAACAGCUUCACCAACUACCCUGCAGGCCCAGGACACACCUUCCCUAUCCAAUCAGGGCUGCACCAACCGUUGGGCUGGCCGUGAAACCUACAAUAGUUGUGAAACAUUGAGUAAAAAAGUAACACUGACUCCUGCCACACCUCUUAGCAGGUGAUACAAUUUCUAUUUGUCCUUGAACCCCAGACGAGCACAUGACAGUUAAUCACUGUGUAUGUUGGAACAGGAGUGAAAUGGGUCAAAUAAUCUGUGGGGGAAAAGGCAUAAUUGUAAUAUCAUUCAUAGUGAAGCGUUGUAAAUAUUAAUUGUGAAAGUUGUUAGUUUGACAGGUAGACUGUGAGUGAUUUCAUUAUUAGCCUGACUUGCCUGUUUUUAAUCAAACUUAGAACAUUUAUAAAUGAAUAAUGAAUUAUAGAGUAUUAGAAAAGUCCACAUAACAUUAUGUAAUAAAUUGACCUCAGUCCUGAGCCACAGUAGUAUUUCAUUUCCAAUUACAGAGCAAAUGAAAUGCUAAUGAAUUUGAUGACAGGCAUAAGAUAUAGUAUUGUAACAUGAUUUUUUAUUUUAUUUUUUUUUGAUGACUUGAUGUCCCCGUUAUGCUCAUUUCUAAUCUAAAAACUUACAGCACAGUGGUUUUCUUUAACAUGUGAUAAUGUUAAGUUUGUCUCAGUUUGGUUUUUUUUCUAAAAACAGGUUUUUAGCAGUACACUUUGGGCUGUUUUAAAUUGGUAACGAGGGGAUGCUUCACCAAUUCUUGUUUGUUCUGUUAUGUAACACAAAAAUAGGUAAAUGAGAACAGUUUUAUUUACAGUUAAGCUGCAUUAAAAUAAAGUUACUGUGAGCACAGCGGGGCAGACAGAUCCGAUUCUGUAAUUUUAGCAACAGAAACAACUUCUUUUUUUCUGCUGGUGUUGGGACAUUGCCACCACCUCAGAUGCUGGGAGUGCACGGAGAUUCUUGAUGCUUUUGUAGCUGACAACAUUUUAAAGGUAUUUUACCCUUAAAAUGGGCUGAAGCGCAGAUCACUGUAAGGACUCUGUCUACAUCUCGGUUUCAAAUUGGAUGUUUCAAGCACUUCUAAACGUAAUUUGGAGAAGGCUUUCGUAAAGAAUAAAUAGGAAAAACCUCCCAAAACAUAGCAGGGGAACAUACUGAAGUAUGCAAACCACAAAUGAAUGUGCUGUGUCAGGGGUUAGUUUGUAGUACAUACAAAAACUUGCAUUUGGCAGCUCGACACAAGUGUUUUUUUCUUUCUCUUCUUUUCAGUGAACAUAUUUGUGACUGCAAUUUUCUGUGAUUCUAAUGUUUACAAAGUUUAUUUCUCAUAUGUGACACUGCUGGGACUGCUACUACAACAUUUAUCCAGAAUAAGGGUAUGCAGGCUUUUUGUUUUUUUUGACAUUGUGACUUUUAUUAUUAUAUUCUGUAGUUUAACAGAUCGAAAGCUGUACUUUUCCCCCUCUUUACUCCUUAGUAGUUCUCUAUUCUACUGGGAUUAUCUCAAUGACACUGACCUUUGUCUUGAGUAAUAGAUGUUUUGUAUGCUACAGUUUUUAUUUUAUUUUUUGCCCUUUUUAAAAAAUGUUUCCAGUGAACUGCUGGUUACUGUAUCUGUAGUCUAUGUGAUGCCAUUACUGUCGACAUCUCUUUAAUAAAAAUACUGGAGCUGGACAAAA